AUGGUGUGGAACCGUGCGCUAGGUAUUAUCUUGAAACCGGAGGAUCACAAUAGACGGAAUUCAGCGGUGAGAUAUCUUUCUUGGAAUAUUUCUUCUGAAUUCCGGAGACCGGACGGCGUGAGGAAAGAGGUUAUCCUCAUAAAUGGCAUGUUUCCUGGACCGACCAUCGAGGGGCGCCCCGGCGAUACAAUCGAGGUUGAGAUCUACAACUCAUACCGUGAGGGCAUCUCGAUCCACUGGCACGGACUCCACAUGAGAGGGGCAAAUCAUAUGGAUGGGCCUGUAGGAAUUACGCAGUGUGAAAUUCAGCCCGGUAGUCUCUUUAGAUACCGAUUCGAUAUUGCAGAGGACCAGACUGGCACAUUCUGGUAUCAUGCGCACUCGCAAAUACAUAGAGGAGAUGGCCUAUAUGGAGGACUGGUAAUCCAUGAGCCACUCGGCACUAAGAGUAGCAGCUCACAAGACCAUGAUGCAGAGAUACUGCUUCUUGCAGGAGACUGGUAUCAUCACCAAUCCUCCAGAGUCCUGGAAUCUUUCAUGAGCUCUACGGGUGACGGUAACGAGCCCUGUCCAGACUCUCUCUUAGUGAACGGAAUGGGACAUUUUGACUGUUCUAGAGAAGUUCCGGCAAAACCAGUCGAUUGCACGAUCAGCCUUAAGCCCACAAUCACAUUGAACAAGAGACUGCGGUACCGGAUCCGCCUCAUUAAUGCUGGAUCUCUGGCGGGUAUUUCAAUGGGUAUACCGGAUGCUUUGCUCAACAUUACAUAUGUAGACGGAGGCCAAGAGGUCACAAGUGACGUGUCCAACAGCGUUGGAAUCCUCUAUCCAGGGGAGAGAGUCGAUUUCACCCUCGAAUGGCCACAGAGUAAGCCAGAAACAAGGGAUUUUCAGUCGCCAAAUCUGGCACUAGAGCCAAUUCAAACAUUCACGAUAUUAUCACCCGGAUCAACUCAGUCGGCUCAGAACACUGAAGCCUUACAAUCAUCAGUAUCUCUGCAGAGGGUUGAGGGACCUAUUCUUCGCGAACCUCUGCCAAAUCCCGAUGUGAAAUUCGUCAUUUACAGCGCCAUGCAGAUUCUCAACCGCCUUGGCAAUGUCCCGACUGGGUUCGUCAAUCGUACGCAUUGGGUAGCGCAGGAUCGGCCACUCCUGUCCAUGAAUCGAGAGUCUUGGGACGAACACCAGCUUGUCCCGUGGACCGGUGAGAAGCCCGCCUGGGUCGAGCUUGUGAUAAACAACUUGGACGGAACUGGACAUUCGUUUCACUUGCAUGGAUUUGACUUUUAUGUGAUAUCAUCAUAUAGAGGCAAAGGCGGCUGGGAUUAUUAUAACCCUUUUGAUCCUUCGAGAGAACCCCGUGGUGGGGCAUUCAAUUUGCUAAAUCCAGUCCGAAAAGAUACAGUCUACGUUCCUCCUUUCGGUUAUGUGGUAUUGCGUUUUCUGGCAGAUAACGAAGGGAUAUGGCUUCUACAUUGCCACGUCUUAUGGCACCAGGCCAGUGGAAUGACGAUGGCUUUCCAAGUUUUGGGCGACGAAGUAGAAGCAUUCAGAGACACGCUGCUCGGACAAGACGCCGGUAAAACAUGUCCAGCAUAGACUCGUAUUCAAUCAAGUUGUCUGAGUCUCCAGCUCUGAUUAUUAGAACAAGUAGCAGAUUCCCUAAUACAAACAAGUAUACAUGCGC